AUGGAACCAGGGGAAAUAAACGACGACGAUCAAGGACUCCGUCAAUUAUGCGCAGAAAUUCUUGAAAAUUGGAACAAACCCAUUUACACGAAUUCGGGACAUAAACUUGUUAACGAAAACCUGUUCACCCUACACGAACAACGAUACUCAAACUCCUCGUAUCACGACAUUCAAAGAGACGAACUUUCAUUGCAAGAUUCAAAAACCGUCGAGGAUGUUUCGAAGAAAAUUGGUGGUUAUGAGUUGGCAAAGGAUGCGGAUGUUAUCACACGAUUAGUUGCCGACACAUUCUACGACAGGGUGCUCGGAUGCUGUGUUGAUGGCAUAGAUUUAGCUUCUUUGAAUAAGGUUAAAGAGGCCAAGGCAUCUCAAGAAGGGACCAAAGAUCGUCGUUUGAGUCAGAAUAGUUCGAGCAGUGUCCCUUUUUCGAACUGGCAUUCACACCAAGCGAUAGCCUAUUUGCCCAAGUGUAAUUUCCUCGUAUCUACAUGGCCGGGAGAUAAUUGGCAAGUGCAUGCUACAAACUAUUCAGCCCCUACGUUUGCCAGAAGCGUUCCUGCACAAGGAUUAGUUGCCAAAUCAAGAUUUAGACUUCCUCCAUACAAGACAAUCUUUGAUGUAAACAUUGAUCACCUGUGGAUGAAGUUGUGGCGAAACCCUGGAGCAGACGUGUCGGACUAUUUUAACUAUGGAUUGGACGAGAAACAAUGGAAGAAUUACUGCAAACUGGAAGAGGGGGCCGAUGAGACAAAGUCGGACAACGGAAAUAAUAAAAGCGUUAACUCGAUAAAUUCAACAGAUUCAAAUUUAUGUGAUCCUGACAUUAUCACUGAGGUAACCCCACAUGAAUCUUUCUACAAUCGAUCUGUAUGUAACAGCAGAAAGAAACCUCGCAUAAGCCAUAAGAUGAUAGAUGGCGACAAUAUAUCGCCAUUUCCCGCAGAUAGUUAUUCAGCACAAGACAGCAAUAACUCAGAGAUCGAAACAAAACUUGAUGGUUUAGUGGAGAAUAAUGUUGAAGAGGAUACUGGAAAUCCGGAAAAGAAGAGCCGAGAG